AUUAACGUUAUCCAAAAGAAACAUGGAGAGAAAGAAGAAACUCAUGGCUAUUCUCUAUACACCUCCACAAUGUAGAACCUUCUCUCCUCCUGUAUUCAACUACCACGUCACCGGAGAAACCAUUAAAUUUAAAACCUCCGACGCCGGAAACUGGUGUUCCCGUUUCCGAUCGAAAUCUCUCAGCUUAGUCUUCUCCGGAGCUCUAGCUCUCGGUUUAUCUCUAUCCGGCGUUGGACUUGCAGAAGCAGCCAAAGUGGGAGUAAACAAACCAGAACUGCUCCCAAAAGAGUUCACUUCGGUCAUAGAUGUUGCUGGUUUCCUCUCUGAUGGCCAGGAGAAGAGGAUUGCUGAAGAAAUCUCUGAUCUUGAGAAAGACACAGGGUUUAAGCUAAGAGUCUUGGCUCAAAACUAUCCUGUUACACCUGGACUAGCUAUCAAAGAUUACUGGCAAGUUGAUGAUAGCACUAUCGUGUUUGUCGCUGAUCCCACUUUUGGUAACAUAUUGAAUUUCAAUGUUGGGGCUAGUGUUGAUUUGGACAUUCCUCGUAGCUUCUGGAGUCGUUUAGCUGGGAAAUACGGCAACAUGUUUUACUGGAAAGAAAAGGGUGAAGAUGCAUCCAUUGAAGCUGCAGUGAUGGCUAUAUCAAGUUGCUUAAGGGAACCAGUUGGUGCAAAUAACUGUGCAGAGGUUUACUGAAUGUAUGUCCCAGAGAAAAUGUAUGUUGUAAGUUUGUAACACUGUAUAAACAUUGAUACUAUAUGUGAUAAUAAGAGUAUACAUGAUGAAUCUGACAUCAACCUUAUGUAGCUUUUUUAUUGUGUGAUUGUACUGUGUUGGUCGAGAUUGUUCAAAGCAACAACUUUAGGGAUCA